AUGCCAGCACCAGCUCUCAUCGAAGGGAUCGUUGCCGUGAUGCAAGUGCCGGAGACUGGUGUUCCAACAUUCACAAAUGCAAAGCCUUUGGCCUCUCACGCAAAUGCGCGAUCAGUUCUUGGUGGCCUCCUGAUUGCGCAAUCCGUCUCGGCCGCGACGGCAACGGUAGCCAACACCUUCAAACCGUACUCGUUGCAGUCGUCCUUCCUGGCCCCGGCGAGUCCUGGCAAGGAUAUCAAGUAUGAAGUCGACAAAACCGCAGAUGGGCGUGCCUAUGCGACACGUACUGUGCGCGCAUACCAAGAAGCCCCUCAAAACUGUGUAUUCAUCGCCGUGGUCUCCUUCCAGAACGCAGCGAGACCUAGCGGCAACGUAUUGAGGUACGGAACACCCAAGCCCGACCUGGACGGCGAGGGCCCGGAUGACGUCGACCCGAGCGCAAUGAAGAUGAUGCAGACGUCGAUGCUGGACAAGUCCGUCAACAUCAACAAGCUCGAGGCCGCCGACUUUCCCUUUGACUGGCGGCCCCUGAGGAUGGACAUGUCGGAAGACCCGUCGUCGUUUCGGCUCUGGGGCUUUGUCCGCGCGCCGCCCCUAUCGGGCGACAGCCACGCGCUGCACCUGGCGGCGCUCGCGUACGCGUCGGACGAGUUCGCCUUUGGGGCGGCCCUGGCGGCGAACCCCAUGGCGGUCGGCAAGGGAAUGAAGAACAUAACUCUGGGCACCAGCCUGACGCACAAUGUCUCGUUCCAUGAUCCCCAGGCCCGCGUGGACGAGUGGAUCGUUAUCGAGCGUGAUACGACGUGGGGCGCCGACGGGCGGGUUAUGGUCUCUCAGCGCAUGUGGGAUAUGAAGAGUGGCCGCUUGAUACUUUCUGCAUCCCAAGAAGCGCUGGUACGGCUGCGGCCAAAGACUCCGGGGAAGCCAAAGUUGUAG